AUGGUUAAUAGAAUUGAUAACUGGGGAGCCGCUCUCCCGAAAGAUUUCCGCUCAGACUCUCUCGGCGAUAUUAAGCAACUCGGGAUUAAAAAGCUCUUCCGCGGAAUCAUCCUACCUCCCAGCAACGCCGGUAAGACGAAUCUAUGCUAUCCCAUCGUCAAGAACGCACCAAACGUUUUUAGCCAUCUGCAUCUGAUUGCACGCAACCCAGACCAGGAUUUGUACAAUUAUAUGAAGGAGAAACUUGCGGGCUAUAUCACAGUAUAUGACCCAUCGACACCGCCAAGCCUCGUUAUCAUUGACGAUUAUUCCUCGGACAAGAAGCUCCAAAAAGACGUAUUCAGUCAUUACUUCAUCAGAGGGCGCCACAAGCGGCUAUCUACGCUGUUUCUGACUCAUUCAUGGUUUGCUACUGACAAACUCAUCAGACUGAACUCAGAGUAUCUCUGGAUUCUCAAAGCAAACAGCCGACGCGAUCUGAAGAUGGUCAUCUCUGAUUUCAGUCUUCCCGGUCUUACGCUCGAGCAGCUAAUUAGAGCCUACAACGCAGCCACUAGAGAGAAAGGUCAAGCAUUGCUCGUAGAUAACGUUAGAAGUGUUCUGAGGUAUAAUUUCAACGAGAAGCCGAUCUAUCUAGAUUAG